AGGCUUUUGAUCCCUCGAAGAAUCGUUGAUGCUGAGUUCAGACACAAGCUCAGUACAGAGUAGGGAGUGCGGUAGUGAACGAUUUUGCAGGUAAUUUAGAUUAGAUAUUUCCGGGCGCUUGGCGCUUUGCGUCUGGAGUAGGGGCUGCUAACAAUUGAAACCAUGGAGAGCGACAAUUUGGCUGCUCUGGCUAUAUUUGGCCUUUCAUGAUGAGAAAGGGCCCCCUGCUGCAGCUGCUACUUUGCCGAGGCAGGGAUGCAGAGCAAUGCGAGGACCGGCGAAGGAAGUGGUGACGUUCUUGCUCCCGUGGGCUUUUAGCCUACAGACACACAGACAGAGAGAGCUACAGACAGGCAGAGACAUUCUGUGACCCUCGGUUGGUCGCUCCGGCUUGCUUGCAUCGAUCUCUCGAAUGGCACCAUAAUCUUGUUUGAAAGCACAGUGUGGUUAGCGUCCGCUUUUGUUUUGCUGUGAGUUCUUAGAGAUGGAGGCCGUGGCGGUGACCAGGACGCCGGUGCUGGAGUUGCCUCAACACAGCAGAUGUGUUGCUGCGCUCCUCAGGUCACCUGUUUCGGCGGACUCGACUGCUCGGGUUUCGAGGUUGGGGUUUAGAAGUGCGCAAAUUUGGAGUUCUGAAUUCCACAGGUCGAGCUUGCGAAAUGCCGUCCCGCGGCUCGAGCAGAAGAAUUUCAACUCCACCGUCCACUCUUCUCAUGCAGAUGCUGGCGUCGUCACGCAGGAAAAGCCGAAGGAGGUUAUAUUUCCGCAGGGCGAUUCAUGGGCCGUCCACAAGUUUGGAGGUACCUGCGUGGGGAACACCGAAAGAAUCAGCAAUGUAGCUGGCAUAAUUGUGGAUGAUCCUUCACUCCGAAAGGCCGUUGUUGUCUCGGCUAUGUCGAAGGUGACAGAUAUGAUGUAUGAUGUGCUGGACAAGGCCCAGAGUCGAGACGAUACUUACACCACCGCCUUAGACUUAAUUGAAGAGAAACAUCGGAGCACUGCUUCUGCUUUGUUGGGGGAAGGGGAGGAUCUCAAGAAAUUUCUGAAGAAUCUUGAGGAUGACAUUCUCAAUUUGAAGGCCAUGUUGCGCGCCAUCUACAUUGCUGGACACGCCAACGAAAAUUUUUCUGACUAUGUUGCUGGACAUGGAGAGUUAUGGUCCGCUCAAAUGCUGGCUGCUGCAGUGAGAAAGAAAGGACAAUCUUGUGUGUGGAUGGACGCCAGGAAAGUUCUUGUUGUAAAACCCACCAGCAGUAAUCAGGUGGAUCCAGACUUCGAAGCUUCUUUGGCGAAGCUUGUAGACUGGUACGCGGAAACCCCAGCAGAUUGCAUCAUAGUCACUGGUUUUAUUGCCAGCACCCCGGAUGGCAUUCCAACCACUCUAAAACGAGAUGGAAGUGAUUUCUCUGCUGCAAUUAUGGGUAAUUUAUUAAGAGCUGAUCAGGUCACGAUAUGGACAGACGUUGAUGGCGUUUACAGUGCUGAUCCAAGGAAAGUGAAGGAUGCUGUAGUUUUGAGUCAACUCUCAUACCAGGAGGCCUGGGAAAUGUCGUACUUUGGCGCAAAUGUUUUGCACCCCAGGACCACAAUACCUGUGAUGAAGUACAACAUACCCAUCACCAUACGAAAUGUUUUCAACGUUUCUGCUCCUGGAACAAGGAUAUGGUGUUCUCCUUUAACAAGUGAUACCUGCCCCUUUGAAGAUGAUGACGAGAUUGAUGGGGCAGAUAAAGUGGUGAAGGGCUUCGCUACUAUCGACCAUAUGGCCCUUGUCAAUGUCGAAGGAACGGGAAUGGCUGGUGUUCCCGGAACUGCAAGCGCCAUCUUUGAAACCGUGAAGGAUGUAGGCGCAAACGUCGUCAUGAUCUCCCAGGCUAGUAGUGAACACUCUGUUUGCUUUGCUGUACCUGAGAAAGAAGUGGCUGCCGUAGCUGAGGCGUUGGAGCGAAGGUUCAAAACUGCUCUGAAGGCUGGUCGUCUGUCUAAAGUGGAAGUGGUCAAGAGUUGUGCCAUAUUGGCUGCAGUUGGACAGAGAAUGGCAAGCACUCCUGGAGUCAGUGCAACUUUGUUCAAUGCCCUGGCUAAGGCCAACAUAAACGUCAGGGCAAUUGCUCAGGGUUGUUCAGAGUACAACAUUACCGUUGUCGUCAACCAAGAAGAUUCUAUAAGAGCUUUGAAGGCAGUACAUUCCCGGUUCUACCUGUCCAAGACUCCAUUGGCUGUGGGCAUUAUAGGACCUGGAUUGAUUGGUCGCACACUUUUGAAUCAGCUUCGAGACCAGUCGGCAACAUUGAAGGAGGAGUUCAAUAUCGAUCUGCGUAUCAUGGGAAUUUUGGGAUCCAAGACCAUGGUUUUAGAUGAAUCGCGAUUGGAUUUGCAAGAUUGGCAAUCGAUAUAUGAUGAAAGGGGAGUACCCACAGAUUUGAGCAAGUUUACGUCACACUUACAUCAAAAUCACUUCGUACCGAAUAAGGUCAUUGUGGACUGCACGGCCGACGCAGUUAUCGCCGAGCACUAUCUUGAGUGGUUGAAGAAGGGAAUUCACAUCAUCACUCCUAAUAAGAAGGCCAACUCCGGCCCUCUUGACCAGUAUCUCGCCGUAAAGCAGAUGCAGCGACAAUCUUACACGCAUUAUUUCUACGAAGCAACUGUAGGCGCCGGGCUACCCAUCAUGAGCACUUUGCGAGGACUCCUUGAAACAGGUGACAAGAUUCAUGAAGUACAAGGAAUUUUCAGUGGGACUUUGAGUUAUAUAUUCAACAAUCUUGUCGGGGACCGAACAUUUAGCGACGUAGUGAAAGAAGCAAAAGCAGAAGGUUUCACCGAACCUGAUCCAAGAGAUGAUCUUUCCGGAAUGGACGUUGGGAGGAAGGUUGUUAUUCUUGCUCGGGAAGCCGGUUUGAAGCUGUCAUUAGAUGACGUCCGCAUUACGAGUCUUGUGCCACGAGAGUUGCAGGACCCAAACUUGUCUGUAGACGAAUUCAUGAGGAAACUUCCUGAGUUUGAUCAUGAAAUAACUGCGAAAAGAGAGGCGGCAGAGGCAAACGGCAAGGUGUUGCGGUUUGUGGGAGUUGUUGACGUGCUAAAGAACAAGGGAGCUGUUGAUCUUAUAGAAGUCGAGAAGUCAGAUGCGUUCGCGCAGUUGUCUGGCAGUGACAACAUCAUUUCGUUCAAGACCGCUAGGUACCAGCAGAAUAAGUUGAUCGUAAGAGGACCUGGUGCUGGUGCCGAAGUCACGGCAGGAGGAGUUUUUAGCGAUCUCUUGAGGUUGUCUUCCUAUUUGGGAGCUCCAUCAUAGGAAGACUAGUACGGAUUCUAGAGAAAAUUGGAUGAGUCCUGGAGAAACUAGAAAUGCCUUACAUUCUUCAUGUGCAGUUAGCGAGAGGUCUAAAAAGGACGAGGAGCUUUAGUAAUUGCAAUUGCUUUUACUUUUUGUCCCGUGAUGUUCUGCAGCGAAUCUUAGGCUUUUCGCGGUUAGAGAUAAAACUGGGGCUUCAUGCGAUCCUUGAGAAAUUUUGUCAGUGAAGUGCUCACCCAAUGCAACGUCCAGAUGAGAAACAAAUAAAUAUUGAGAGCCUGGAAACUUCAGAAUGUUUCUUCGCUCCUUUUAACGGAAGCUAGGAAGUUGGUGAGAGAAGGUUCGCCUUUAGAAGCACUCACAUAUGCAAAGUCCACUUUGUUCCAUUUUCGGAUUCUGGACCUGGAUGUCAAAAUUUAAAAUUUGCUGCAGUUUCACAUUG